AUGCUGGAAAAAGACCCAUCUUCGAGCAAUGAGGAAAGUUCCAAGAAGAGAGACUAUAAUAAGAUAGCACAGAGGCAAUAUCGCAAGAGGCGGCAGCAAUAUAUCCAAGAUCUCGAACAGCAAAUUGCACUGUUAAGUAAAAGCGAAGACGUCAAGGUUCAACAUCACCGAACCGCACUUCAGGCUGCCAAUGACAAGAAUUUACAACUGUCAGCCCUCAUUGUCAAAAUGGCAGAGCAGUUGAAGGAGGAAAGUCGAUUGCGUAUUCAGCAAGAGGCCAAUGAACUUGCCCUCCCUGUCAAUGUAGAGCUAACCUUUGAAAAAGCGACUACUAGCUCUGAAACGUCUGAAAGUGAAAAGAGCCAUGAUAACAUCUUUACCAUAAUAGAUGCCGACGAUGAUACGUUGGCCAACAAGUCGUCCGCUUAUAGAGACAAUCAGAUAGAAUCAUCCUAUCAACCACCGAUAGCUUCAGCAGAACAAAUCAACGCCAUUGCGAAACUGAUCCAUGUUGGUGAAGACCAAACGAAAAUACCGGAACAUCCUCACUUUUCACAACAGGCAUCUUCAUUCAGUCCCAUAUUGAAGAACUUGAUGAACGAAUGCUGCCAAACCCCCCUGGGAACCACAGUACCAAGACGAAUAGACCUACAAUCGUUUACCAUGGCUAGAAUUUGCUCUUUAUUCACCGGUAUCAGGGAAACCAUGCUGGAUACCGAAUUUACGGUAUCGCCCGAUAUAUUCAAACCUUCCCAGUUGCAGUUGACGAUUACACAUCCUCCUGUUAUUGAUAUCAUUCCUUGGGCGUCCAUGAGGGAUCGAAUUAUAUUGAAUCUAAGUGUGAUUGACAUUGAGAGGUUCAUGGAUGACCUUCACGAGCAUUGUAAUGUUUGGGGCGGUGACCCACUCUUUACGCAAGGCUGGGAGAUUGGUCCAGUGUUUUUUCAAAAGUAUUGGUUUUUGUGCGACAAGGAGAUGGUUAAAACCAGCAACUUUUGGAGAAGACAAAGAGGACAGACAUAUUUGAGAUAUGAUAAUCUUCCAAUGUCAUGA